CUACCCAAGGAGCACGGCGGGAGGCUCGACUCGAGAGCGCAUGCGCCGGAAGCCGCCCGAAAAGGGAAGCGCGCAGGCGCGGCAUUGUCCGCCUCCCAGAGCGAGGCGCCAGGAGCGUCUGGGCUGCUGCUCCUGCCGCCGUGGCGCAUGCGCCCUUGGCGAGCUGGCGGCGGAGGGGCCUUACAAUGGAAGAUGAGGAGGUCGCGGAGAGCUGGGAGGAGGCGGCCGACAGUGGGGAAAUAGACAGGCGGUUGGAAAAGACACUGCGAAUCACGCAAAAGGAAAGCAGCCGGAAAUCCAAAUCUCCCCCCAAAGUGCCGGUUGUGAUUCAGGACGAGAGCCUUCCCUCAGGGCCCCCUCCACAGAUCCGGAUCCUGAAGCGGCCCACGAGCAACGGGGUGCUCAGCAACCCCAACUCGGCCAGCCGGCCGGCCUUCCCCGUGAAGUCGCUGGCUCAGAGGGAGGCCGAGUACGCGGAAGCCAGGAAGCGGAUCCUGGGCAGCGCCAGCCCGGAGGAGGAGCAGGACAAGCCCAUCCUCGACAGGCCCACGAGGAUCUCCCAGCUGGAAGAGGCCAGGCCGCCCAGCAAUGUGAUCCGGCAGCCACUGGGCCCCGACGGUUCGCAGGGCUUCAAGCAGCGCAGAUAGGCAUGGCCUGCUGACGACGCAGCACGGAAGCAGGGUCAUCCCCCCCACCCAGGUGGCACUGCAGCCGCGGACACACUGGCCUGAGCGGGGGGCACCCCCUGGGUGACUUCUUGCACUGUGAUCCUCCUUCGCUCCGCCUCCUGCGACCUUCAACCCCAUGCACUGUGACCCCUGCUUCACCCACUGUGAUUGGCACGCUCAGGAGGGCUGUUCCCAGCCGCCGUGAAGGGAGGGGGCGUGGGGCAGGCUUCUCUCAGGCCUGAGCCGGGCCACGCCUCCCCCAGCCAGCAGCAGCAGCAAGCAAUAAUCAACCCCCUUGACUUCUGCAGACGGGCUGACCUGGGAUCAGACGGGAGAGGCGGCAGCAUGCUGCUCCCGGGGAAAGGCACGUCUGUCCGCACCUCUCUCGGAGCGAGUUCUGUGGUCGCAGACCUGCCAGGAGCUGGGUGGGUGAGUGGGCGGGGACGUGUGCGCAGGUUUUUGUUGGUUGGUUUCUUGGGAAUUGGAUGGUGCCGAAGCCAAGUGCAUGGGAAGGAAGCAGGGUGUUAGCUGUUUAACUGGUUGCGAUAGUUGGCUAGAGUUUCACGGAAAAGAGGAAAUGAAUUUGGAUCAACUCCGGCAGACGCUAACGGAGAGGGUUUGGCGAGCAAGGCUGCUGCUGCUGCUGCUGCUGAGCAAAUGGCCUGGGGGGGCAGCUAGGCUUCCCCGCCCCCACCCCGGGCUCUCCUGCUUAUCUGGAAGCAUGUGAGCUGGGAUGAGGCCCCAAGCUUUUACGUCUGCGUGAUGAACUUUGCCUAGUUCUCUGCCUUGGGGAGAAAUGGAUUGAGACACGCAUCUCACUGCACCUCCUCAAAGGGAAUGUUGGCCACUACCUCCCUGGCUGGCUUUGUGCCGCUUCCAGGCACAGGGAGGGUGGCUGCGCUUUUGCCACUAGGACUAUGAGCUAGGGAUAGGCUAGUCUAGGUUCAUACCGGUGCCCUCUGGGGAGGCCACCAGGAGGCGGGCGGCCCAGCGUCUGGGUGAUGCUUGGGCUGGCCAGAGAGAGAAAACGAGGCAGGCAAGGCACCGGGGCCCAGAAUCUGGCCUUCUUGCCCCAAGUGCGCCUUCUGGUUUGGGGCCGGGUUAAUUUGCCGUGAGAAGGCAAAGGGACCCGGAACCAACCGCGCUCAAAAGGUUAGUGGUGGUUGUGAUGGGGACCCUUGCCGAGUGGGAGGGGGCUUGGGGCUAGACAGAGUAUCUUGCAGCCAGGCUAACUGGAGGCAGGACUCUUGUCUGUCCCGGGAUGCUGCCAAACAGCCCACUGCAAGACUCGGUGGGGGGGCGGCAGACGGCUGCCUCGUUCCUUGUCUCAAGCCAGGCACAAAAGGUAGGAUUUCCUUCGAGGAGCACGUGACCCAGGUUGUUCCCAGGCGGGUAUGGGGGACAAGGUGCAUCUGGGAGGGUGCUGGUAAGAGGGCUCUUGCAUGCUGGGAGGGGGUCUGCUCCUGAGGAGUUGAAACUGGCUGGGCCUUCCCUGUCCUCUCUAGCAGCCAUAUUGGGGGGGUGGGCUGUAGGCCUCCCCGCCCAGCACCACCUUCAAGUGACCAUGGGCUCGUUCGCUUCACUGUGGUUCCAGAGUCUGCCUUUUUUGUUCUACUGUCUGGUUCCGGAGGACACGACCGGUCGGGGGCGGGCACUGCUGCAGUACGCCCCCCCCCUUGUGCUGGGACGGAAGUGGAACCUUUGCCUAAAUCGGGUCAUAAUGGGGGGGAGGGGAGGGGGGUGUCUCUUUGUACGUCCACUCAAGACAUGUACCAAACUCCUGCAAAAUGAAUAACUGGUCAAAAAAGUAAUAAUAAAUAAAUAAUAAUAAUAAUAAUAAAACUACCUGUGUACAAAAAAGAGAAAAUGUGACGGACAGCUGCUCUGGUUGAUUUGCACCCCUCCCUGUCCUGCCCUCCUCUCCAGUCCAACCCCACAUAUUGCACCCCUCGCCUUGGCUUUCAGUGGUGGCUUCCAGCACUGGGCUCUCAGCCGCCACCUCUUUGGAGUCACACUGCAGGUUCCCAAACUGCCGGGUCUCGAGACAGCCGGAGUUUAUAUUAUUAUUUUUACUGAGUGCUGCUCUGGCAUUGUCCAUAACGUGCCCCAGUUUAUUUCAGAGGGGCUUAAUUCUUCCUCCAUGGGGGUAGUGGGUAGGAGAGGAGGAGGAGGACAUACACACCCCUCCCCUCAAUUGGAAGGCUAGAGAGAACAUGUUAGCAAUAACUCUGCGAAGCCGCCUUGCUUUUCUUUAAACUCUGCUUUAGGCUGGGUGGCUAAGAAAUGUCGUCUCCUGCUGUGGGUUGGGCUCCUGCAUGGCAAAGGUCUGCUUUCCCUCCACUUAGGGUUCUGCAUGCCAUGGAGCUGCCUAGGCUUCCAGGAGCGGAGCCUGGUCCCGACAGGUGGCAGUGGUGAGAGGAGGCCAUGGUCUCCCCUCCUGCUAGCUCAGCCUUAGCUCUCAGGGGUGCUGCUGCCUGCAGGCAGGGAGGUGGCCCUCUUCCGGCUGUUGAUGACCACUGGGUGGGGGCCCCUCUGGUGUGGGCACUGGCAGGUUGUCUUGUCCAGGAAUCAGUGUUUGGGAGAAGUCAAAGGCCCUUUUGGGUGGGGGAGGUUGCGUGUGUGUGUGUGUUGAGGGGCACUUUAGGGUGUGCGCGCAUGCAUGCGUUCACAUGGCAAGCAGAGGCUGUGCCUGCCCACAACCUUCCUAAGUAUGCAGAUAAACAUUUUAUAAAUUGUAUUUUAAAUAAAUGUGUUAACUUUUAA